AUCCAAAUUUAGAAAGAAAUAUAUAAAAGAUAUUAAAUUCCACUCCAGAAAAGUCUUCUCUGUAUCUAAAGUUCACAGCUUUUUUGUCUUCACUCUCACUCCUUAUUCCCCACUUCACACUCUCUGAGCUCAGAAUUCGAGAAACGAGAACAUGGGCUGUGUAUCUUCCAAUCUCUUCAACCACGACGACGAGUUCACCCAACUCGGUAGCUCGGCACUAAGUCAUCACAUCGUCUCGCUCACCUCCUCCACCUACGGCCUCCUCACUCUCGACCCACCGCCGCCGCAGACGCCCACAACUCCGCCCACCCCACCGUCUAGAUUUACUCUUGGGUCCAUUUUCCCGAGCCCGCUCUGCGAACCCAAGUCGCUCUGGUCAGACCCGAAACCGCUCCGUUCCGAACCCAGACCCCUCCGGUCCGACCCGGAGGUUAUCAACUCAUGGGAGCUCAUGGCCGGGCUCGACGCCGAUAGCUUCCGAUUCUCGCCACUCCCCCCGCCCAAAGCCUUCAACUUUAGAGACCCAAAAACUGCCGGUAAGGAAAACUCCAACCCCAAUCGCGGAAUUUUCAAGUCUCCGAACGACGGCGUUUUCGGCGUGAAGAACAAGGAGGACCCACUUGACCGGUUCGAGAAGAUAUGCCCGCCGGCCGGAGAAAACAAGGUGGUGGUCUAUACGACGACGUUGCGAGGUGUUCGGAGGACUUUCGAGGCGUGCAACGCCGUUCGAGCGGCCAUAGAAGGACUCGGGGUGAUGAUUGUCGAGCGCGACGUGUCGAUGGAUCGUGGGUUCAGAGAAGAGCUGAGGGAUUUGAUGGACGGGAAAGAGAAGGAGGCAGGGGUGCCUCCAAGGGUGUUUGUGAAGGGGAGAUAUGUGGGUGGGGCUGAGGAGGUGUUGAAGAUUUUGGAGGAGGGUUUGUUGGGUGCGAUUCUUGAUGGGUGUCCAAAGAAAAAAGCUGGGUCUGUUUGUGAGGGGUGUGGGGAGGCCAAGUUCUUGCCCUGUUUUCAGUGCAAUGGGAGUUCAAAGAUGGUGUUGGUGGUGAAGGAAGAAUUGGGUCAGAGGCAGGGGAGCACUGUGGUGGUCAGGUGCCCUGAGUGUAAUGAGAAUGGGUUGGUGCUUUGCCCAAUUUGUAGCUGAAUGGUUGACAGAGAUGAGAGAUCUGUUUCAUAUCAGAUUGGGUUUUGUAAACA